AUGGACUACUGGAAAGCUCAUCGGACACUGAUAUGUGCAAGAGAAUUGGUUAGGGGAUCCGCUGAGAGUGGCUACCAGGAAUUACCGGUCUAUUUGCAUAUGAUUAGAGAAGCAAAUCCAGGGACAUUCACUCGCCUUGUAGUAGAUUCUAGUGACAGAUUUAAGUAUCUUUUCAUCGCAUUUGGUGCUAGCAUCAAGGGAUUUCCAUUCAUGAGGAAGGUUGUUGUGGUCGAUGGCACAUUCUUGCAAGGAAAGUACAAAGGGACUCUACUAAUUGCAUCAGCACAGGAUGGCAACUUCCAAAUAUUUCCAGUAGCAUUUGCGAUAGUCGAUACUGAAAAUGAUGAAUCAUGGAAGUGGUUUUUCAGACAACUCAGCUGUGUGAUUCCAGAUGACGAAAGGCUUGCUAUUAUUUCUGAUAGGCACAAAUCAAUUGGAAAAGCAAUAGCCCAUGUAUAUCCAACUGCCAGCCGGGGCGUUUGCACUUAUCACUUGUAUAAGAAUGUCUUGUUAAAGUUUAGAGGCCGCGAGUUGUUUGGCUUGGUUAAAAAGGCAGCUAAUUCAUACAGGCCUUCAGAUUUUGAGACCAUAUUCGAUGAGAUCAAAGCACUGCACCCGGCAUUACAUGGUUAUUUACAGAAAGCAGAUGUACGCAAGUGGGCGAGAGCUCAUUUCCCUUGUGAUAGGUACAACUUGACUACGACCAACAUAGCUGAAUCUAUCAACAAAGUGCUUUCAGAUGCAAGGAGUUUGCCGGUUGUAAGACUUAUAGAAGCAAUAAGGCAAAUGAUGACGCGCUGGUUUUCGUCACGUAAGAUUGAUGCAAAUUCAAUGAAAACAACUCUAACUCGUGGAGUAGAGAAGCUUUUAGAGGGCCGUGUACCUUAUGCUAAAACGCUGUGCGUGCAACAGAUAGAUAUUCAUCAAUAUCAGGUGUCAAGUGUCUCAUCUACCGACAUAGUGAAUUUGACUGAGAGAAGUUGUUCAUGUCGCAGAUUUGACUUAGAAAAACUACCUUGUGUUCACGCAAUUGCAGCAGCUGAAGCGACAAAGUUAUCAACCAUUUCAUUGUGUCAUCCAUACUAUCUUACAAACUAUCUGUACAACGCUUACUCUGUGGCAGUAAUGCCGAGAGAUGCUGAUACACCAGUCCCUGCUAAUGUCGCAGGAAAAAUUUGUUUGCCUCCCGAGGUUCGCCAACCACCAGGGAGACCCAAAAAUUCAAGAAUGAAGUCUUGGUUUGAGAAAGGUGAAAAUAAGAAACGACCAAGAAAAGAGCACAAAUGUUCGAUUUGUAAUCAAGUUGGUCACAAUUGCAAAACAUGUCCUGUUGGUUAG